GCUCAGCUUCAAGAAUACGGCCAAGUCGGUGACGCUAACGUCUUCUACUGGUUCCAAAACCGCAAGUCCCGUAGUAAACACAAACUCCGCCUCCUCCACAACCACUCUAAACAUUUUCUCCCUCAAUCGCAACCCCAGCCACAACCACAACAGCAACCUCUUUCCUCAGCAAACUCGGCUUCCUCUUCCUCUUCCUCCUCUUCUUCCUCCUCCAAAUCCACCAAACCUCGCAAAAACAAGAACAAGAACAACACUAACCUCUCUCUGGGUAGUAGUCAAAUGAUGGGGACGAUGUUACCACCAGAAGCGGCCUUUCUCUUUCCGGUUUCCACCGUCGGAGGGUUUGAAGGUAUCACCGUCUCAUCCCAAUUAGGGUUUCUCUCCGGUGAUAUGAUCGAGCAACAAAAACCGGCUCCAACUAUGGGGCCAUGUACCGGACUCCUGCUGAGUGAGAUCAUGAACGGUAGUGUAAGUUAUGGAACUCAUCAUCAACAACACUUGAGUGAGAAAGAAGAUGAAGAAAUGAGGAUGAAGAUGUUGCAGCAGCCACAGCCUCAGAUUUGUUACGCUACUACUAGUCAACAAAUAACCUGUUACAACAACAACAAUAACAUCAUGCUUCAUGUUCCUCCCACUACUUCUACUACUACUACUAUUACUACUUCGCACUCUCUCGCUACUGUCCCAUCAACUUCGGAUCAGCUUCAAGUUCAAGCGGGCGCGAGAAUAAGGGUGUUCAUAAAUGAAAUGGAGCUUGAAGUGACCCCAGGACCGUUCAAUGUGAGAGAUGCAUUCGGGGAAGAAGUUGUGCUCAUUAAUUCUGCGGGUCAGCCCAUUGUCACCGAUGAAUAUGGCGUCGCUCUUCAACCUCUUCAACACGGAGCGUCAUACUAUCUGAUCUAGUCGUGUGGGAGAUUUGAGUUUGAAGAAGAAAUUAAGACCUGUCUCUUUCUUUCACCAUCUCUCGUACGUAGGCUUAAAUGUUUAGAUUUUAUAUAAGAUAUGGGUUUCAGUUACCUACUGUGAUGGUGUGAUGUAUGAGUUUCGGACAACAUUCACAAAACUCUCUCGUUAGAUUGUUGACCAAUAUUAUAUGCUGUGUGUUUCAUUAAUUCUUAUUUCAUAAUUCUAUAA